AUGGAUUCUUCUGUUGUUGUACAGAACAGCAGGAAGCCGAAGCGGUGAGUAGAGGGUUAAUGAUGGAGGCUACGUCACUUCAACGUACUGAGCGUCACUUCUGAUAGGCCAAGGAAAGGCUCCCGAGGAAAAACAGUUACAUUAUAGCAGAUUUUUGUUAUUGUAUCAAAUAAUUCAGCAAAACGUGAACGAACAACAAUCAGGAAUAGUCUACCUAGUCACGGAAAUAUGAAAUGUGUACUUCAUUGGAUUUUUGAGAACUGAUAGGUGAGUUAAAAUGUAAAUUUUCGAACGAACUAUGUGCUAUUGUUUACACAGUAAACUAGCUUGAAUUAGGCUAAAUCUAUUUUGGAAUAAGCUGUAGCCUACUUUCAAUUUGUGGACAUGGCUGGAGUUAUGCCUCUACAAUGUCAGAUGUGAAUGUAGACUAGGCUACACGUUGUUAUUGAUACAGAUUUCUUGAUGUACAGCUGUGCUACAAUGCUAGCUUGUACAUUUGUAUGCAUUUGAGCAACUGUUAAGUUACGUUACGUUAUCAUUAUUAAUCCAUUACUAACAACACUUAUGUAUUACAUACAUUCAGUCUUGUUCAAAUAAACAACAAUCAAUAAUUAAAACGCCAUGUUUUUCACUCCCCUCUGUGUCCAGUGUGCUUCAGUCAAUGGAAGCCGUGAUGGAGGUUAAGGAGUCAGAGACAGCCAUGAUGGAUUUUAAGGAGUCAAAGGAAGCCACAAUGGACGUUAAGGAGUCAAUUUCAGCCACAAUGGACGUGAAGGAGUCCAUGUCAGCCAUGAUGGAAGUGAAUGAGUCAGAGUCAAAAGAAGCCAUUGUGGACAUUAAGGAGUCACAGGGAGCCGUGAUGGAGGUUAACGAGUCAAAGGGGGCUGUGAUGGAACUCAAGAGGCAGUCUUCCUCCUCUGGCGGCCAGGGGCGGGACAGAGACCGGGAGUCGGACAGCUAUCUCCAGCACCUCCAGUGUCCCCACUGUCUGCUCCAGUGUAAGAGCCACUGCAGCUACCUCAUCCACAUCGCAAAGAUCCACCCAAGCCGUCUGGACGACACGCCUGUGGGUCGCCUGGGCAACGCCAUCUUCUACCAGCGCACGGCACGGCUGUUCCACUGCAACGUGUGUUUCCACACGGCCAGGGAGUUCCCUCGUCUCUACGACCACCUGCUCACCAGCCACUGCCUCUCUGGGAAGGGAGAGGGGGAGGGGGAAGAAGAGGGCGGGGAGGAGGGAGAAGGGGAGGAGCGUAGGGGGGAGGGGAGAGAAGACCAGGAAGGUAUCAGUGUAGACAUGCUGUCAAAAGACAGUAGUCAUCCUCCCAGUGAGCCCAAGGCAGAAGAGGAGGAUGAGGGCAAAGGAGGAGUGAAGAAAGUGGAGGAAGGUGGGAAAAGAGGAAUAGAGGAGAUGGAGGGAGGUGAGGACAAUGAAGAGGACAGCCCCAUGAAACGAAAGAGAAGCUCUACGGCAGGCAGUGAGGAAGAGGAUCAUGACGAAGAGGAAGAGGAGGAGCUACAGACCAACAACAACAACAACAACAACAAAAAAAGUGACAAACACAAAAAGCAGGAAGAGGCCUUCCUGACCAAAUAUAUCCAGCGCCAGGGGGGACGCUACAACUGUCGCCUGUGCGGCAAGCGCUCCAAGAUGAAGGGCCAUGCCAUCUACCAUGUGAGCUACAAGCACGAUGUGCCCAAACCUUACUCCUGUAAAGAGUGUAGUAAGGCCUUCAUACUAGAGUAUUCGCUACUCAAUCACAUCUACCACAACCACAGACAGGGCAUGUACCGCUGCCUCUUCUGCCCCUUCAGCUCUGACGUGGUGUGGGGCAUAAAACGCCACGGCAACCGCUGCAAUGCCCGAAGCGGGGAGGGGGAGGAGGGGGAGGGCAGCAACGGGGAAGAGUGA